AUGAAUUGUACAUACUUCAGGCAGCUCCUGACGUCUACGAGAUCGUCCAGCUACAGCUUCAUUCCGUCUUGCGCAACUCGCAGAUUCGUCAUCAUACACCAAGAUCAACGUCCAUCCCGAGCAGUUGUAUCUGCUCCCUCGAGCUGCCGGCAGUUCGUGCGUUGCUCAAGCUCCUCCCCUGAAUCUCCAUUCAUCAUGAAGACGGUUCAGACUUCGGACCGCCUCGCGGAGCUGCGGGGCUUGAUGAGGGCGCGCAGCAUAGACGUUUACAUCGUCCCCACCGAAGACGCACACUCGUCCGAGUAUAUCGCGCCCUGUGAUGCCCGCCGAGAGUUCAUCAGUGGCUUCUCCGGUUCUGCAGGCACUGCCGUUGUGACCAACGACAAAGCCGCCCUUGCAACCGAUGGCCGGUACUUUAAUCAAGCUGCGACGGAGCUAGACAACAACUGGGAGCUGCUGAAGCAGGGCCAGCCCGAUGUGCCUACAUGGCAGGAAUGGUCGGCCGACCAGGCUGCGGGGGGAAAGACGGUCGGCGUGGACCCUACCUUGCUGUCAAGCUCCGAGGCCAAGGCGCUCCAGGAGAAGAUCAAGUCCAAGGGCGGCAAGGAUUUGGUUGCCGUAACAGACAAUCUGGUUGACUUGGUAUGGGGAAGGCACAAACCCUCACGCCCGAGCAACCCCAUAGCCUUCCUACCAAAGAAGUACUCUGGAAAGGAUACAGAGCCCAAACUGAAGGAGCUUCGGGAGGUCCUGGAAAAGAAGAAGGUAUUUGGCUUCGUAAUCUCUACCUUGGACGAGAUUGCCUGGCUCUUCAACCUUCGUGGCAGCGAUAUUCCGUAUAACCCUGUCUUCUUCUCGUAUGCCGUCGUCACCGCCGAUAACGCUACGCUAUACGUCGACGCAUCGAAGCUCAGCGAGGAAUCCCAUGCCUAUCUCAAGGAUAACAAAGUUGAUAUCAGGCCCUACGAGAGCAUAUUUGAGGACUCAGAGGUAUUGGCCAAAAGUCUGAAGCCUACCGAGGACCAGGGAGAUGAAAGCAAGAUCAAAAAGCUCGCCAUUUCGAAUAAGACAUCGUGGGCUCUCAAGCUUGCACUUGGCGGGGAUGGCUCUGUCGAUGAGAUCAAGAGCCCGGUCUGCGAUGCCAAGGCUAUCAAGAACGAGACUGAACUGGAGGGCAUGAGGCAAUGCCAUAUCCGUGAUGGCGCGGCGCUCAUUGAGUAUUUUGCUUGGCUCGAAGACCAAGUAGCAAACAAGAAAGCCACCCUUAAUGAAGUUGAGGCUGCAACCAAAUUAGAAAACCUGCGGGCAAAGCACGACGACUUUGUUGGUUUAUCCUUCACCACGAUUUCUGCUGUGGGUGCAAAUGCUGCCGUCAUUCACUACAAGCCCGAGGAGGACUCUUGCGCAACGAUUGAUGCCGAUUCUGUCUACCUCUGUGAUUCUGGGGCACAGUUCCUGGACGGCACGACCGACACCACCAGGACAUUGCAUUUCGGGAAGCCCUCAGCGGCUGAGAGGAAGGCAUAUACCUUGGUAUUGAAGGGGAAUAUGGCUUUGGACAUGGCUAUAUUCCCCAAAGGCACCACUGGCUUUGCACUAGACCCCUUCGCUAGACAAUUCCUCUGGCAAGAAGGAUUGGACUACCGACAUGGCACCGGUCAUGGCGUCGGCUCAUACCUCAACGUCCACGAGGGUCCUAUCGGUAUAGGCACCAGAAAGCACUACGCCGAAGUCCCACUCGCGCCGGGUAAUGUAACGUCCAUUGAGCCCGGCUUUUACGAAGAUGGCUCCUACGGCAUUCGUAUUGAGAACAUUGCCAUGGUCCGUGAGGUCGAGACUAAGCAUAUGUUCGGCGAUAAGCCGUACCUUGGCUUCGAGCACGUCACCAUGGUACCUUACUGUCGCAGACUGAUUGACGAGAGCCUCUUGACGUCACGUGAGAAGCAAUGGCUGAACGACUACAACAAACUGAUUAUUGAGAAGACGAGUGGUUUCUUCAAGGAGGACAAGUUGACCAUGGCAUGGCUUGAGCGCGAAACACAGCCUUUUUGA